UCUUUGUGUCCUCAAAUCAGACUUAAGUCUUACGUAUUCUCCAUCCAGUUAGCUGUGGAUUUGUUCAUGUGCUGCGUGGCGCCGUACGAAUCCAAUCGAAUCCAAUCCAUCCAUCAUGCCUGGAUUUGGUUCUUCUUCUUUUUUAGCGUGCAAGAUCGAUCCUUCUCACUCUAGGACUUGUUGACACCCAAUUAAUGUGCAGGUGCAGGAUCGAGCGGAAGGCGCACAGACGCAGGGGUGAGGGCACGGGCGGCAGCGCCGUGGAUCUCGUCGACGGCGUUGCUCGGGGAAGCUCUCUGCCUGGACGGACGCCGUGGUUGAGUGGUGAAGCUUCGCGGGCUUGCGUGCGCAACGACCUCAGCCGUCCGAUUUCCUAAGUCAGGCGGCACAUCACAGCACCAACCAAACACCACUCCGGACUGAAGUUAAUAUGGCUGUCUUGCCGUUAGCCACCGCUGAAGUAUGCGAUGCUAAUCCUCAUUUAAUUAUGAAUGGCGAGUUUCGUGCCCUCCAUCCCAUCUUCCAAAUCUACGGAAGGCGGCAGGUUUUUGCUGGCCCUAUUGUGACACUGAAGGUCUAUGAAGACAAUGUUCUGAUCCGCGAAUUCCUUGAGGAGAAAGGUCAUGGCAGGGUCCUGGUAGUUGAUGGUGGUGGGAGCAUGCGCUGUGCCAUUUUGGGUGGCAACCCUGUCCAGCAGGCUCAGAACAAUGGUUGGGCUGGCAUUGUAGUCAAUGGCUGCAUCAGGGAUGCUGAUGAGAUCAAUGGUUGCGACAUUGGCGUCCGAGCUCUGAACUCGCACCCUAUGAAGGCAAACAAGAAGGGCAUUGGCGAGAAGCAUAUCCCUGUCACCAUUGCAGGAACCAGAAUUUGUGAUGGCGAGUGGCUCUAUGCCGAUACCGAUGGCAUUCUUGUCUCGAGGACGGAAUUGAUCGUGUAGACCUAUUGCCUCUUUGCGUGUGUGUGUAAGGAUUGUGAGGGCUGCUGCGGGACCUUGCUCUCUUGGUGUUAUAUCUGAACUUGUAAUAACAUAUUCUUGCUGGAUCACGUGACUAGUUGGAAUAAUUGGAUGCUUCCACGGUUACAAAGUGUUGUUGAUGAAAUUUUGAACUUUCAUUCUGGUGGAGUUUCCUGUACAUUAGAUUCCCCUGUUGGUGUAGUUCUGAAGCGAAGUAUUGCAGUGCCUUUGCCUUUGCCAACAACUUGUAUGGAGUAAGUAUUCCGGUGUCUUUGCCC